ACAUUUAACAUUUUCACAGAAGGAAUGCAAACCUCCGAUUUUGAUAUUGUGAGGAUUGAGCUCUUAAACGUCCAGCUGUUAGCGCUUGGGCGAAUAGGCUAACCAGUACAUAUACUAACGAGCAAUCAUUUGGCCAUUCUUACCCUACGCGUGUGUUCAUUCCGCGGAACAGAGGAAAGAUGAGUGUGAACACGUUGGCAGCCCGCAAAGAUUACAACGACUACAAAAUGUGCAUGCAGGCGAACAAGCGCAGCAGCAACGCGAAGGAGAAGUGCGCCAGCGACCUGGACAGGGCGAUAAACACGACAACGCAAAUGAUCUCUCGGGAAUGCCUACCCCACACGGAAGAGUUAUACAAAUGCUUUAAGCAUUCAUUUCGCCUGAGCUUCUGCGAUAAGGGCGUCAUUGAAAGGUUAAAAAAUUGCCAGUCGGAUGUUUACAAGAUGAUAACGUCGUGAAAGGGGGGCCCCGAUCUACACGCCGGUGGGGGCGUCUCCAUUUUGUGCCACCCAGCCCUACCAUGGUACUACGGCAUUACGCUAUUAGGCUAUUACGCUAUUGGGUUGUUUUUUUUUAUUUUAUUUUUUUAACCUUUUGCGUGGUUUUAUAAGAAGAAAGGAAAGAGGCCCCCUUUGAAAUUCACCACUUCCAGGGGGAGGGCGUACAGCCAAACUCCGUGUCGUUGAAAAGGGGAAACCCUAAACCUGAAACAUUAGCGUCAACUGCUUUGCCUUUUUUUUCACGCUCUGCACAGUUGACAUGUCCACAGGGCGACUACAUUUGCAAAAAGAGGGAAAAGAAAAUCUGCCAGCCCCAUCAGCUGCGGAGCGUUUGACCCUGUUUGAAAAGGCUAAACACAUCUGAUUAGU